GACGCCCAUGUGUUUUGAAAUGCAACAAAAGCGAAAAAGUCCGUAAAUCUACAAGCUUUGUGCAACGAAACCCGGAGAAUAUGAGCAAGGACAACAAGAAGAAGCACCUGACCCAGCGGGACGUCGCCUCACGCAUGAACUUCCUGUUCCAGGCCUCGAAUCUAAUGGCAGCCGGCAAUCAAGCCAAACUAGCCGCCUACUACGGCAAACUCUGCCGGAAUGUGGGCACCAAGGCGGUUAUGCACAUGGCCCCGGCCUUGAAGCGUUCCCUGUGCAGGCGCUGUUCCCUUCCCCUGAUUCCCGGAGUGAAUACAGAGCUCCGUGUGGCCGGAGAACCCAAGGAGGCGACUGCUCCGGAUGCUCCCUCGAACGCGGAUGCCAAAACGAAGAAAAAGCGCCAUCGCCGGCAGCGUAAGAAGCCCAAAAGCAAGAACACAGGGAACGCCCAGGAAUCUGAGGCCCAAAUCCACGAAAGUACUGAACGCGUCUCUCUGUUCUUAGAGUGCUCACUCUGCUUAGGCCGGCGAAGCUUCGCGGCGAACAGUGAAAGAGACUGCUGGUUGGAGCAGCCGCAGUCGGUGGUGCAAGUGGUGUCUCUCCCCGAAGAGAAAGACCAGCGAUAA